AUGCCUCCUCAGCUGGACCGCUUCGUCUGCCUUGGAGACUCGCUCACCGAGCUCAGCUGGGACGAGCAAGGCCUCGGCGCGUCCCUCGCCCACCUGUACCAGCGCAAGCUCGAUGUCCUGAACCGGGGCUUGUCGGGCUACAACUCGGACUGGGCGCUCCACGUCUGGAAGCAGUGGCUCGAGCCCACCACCGACGGCGGCCCCAAGACGCAGCUCGUGACCCUCUGGCUGGGAGCCAACGACGCCGUCCUCCCCAGCGAGCUCCAGGCCGUCCCGCUCGAGCGCUACAAGGCCAACCUGCGCGCCAUCGUCGCCCUCGUCCACGACCGCUGCCCCGAGGCGAGCGUCGUCCUCGUCACGCCCACGCCGUUCCACCCCGAGGGCUGGCUCGACGAGCGCGUUCGUCGCGGCCUCACGAGGGAACACGACCGCGCUCCGGAGCGCACGCGCGAGUACGCCGAGGCCGUUCGCCAGCUCGGCAACGAGUUGAGCCUUCCGGUCGCCGACGCCUACACGCCCGUCGACGCCGAGAUGCGCCAGCUCGGGCCCGAGAAGGAGGGCAACGUGUUCACCGACGGCCUGCACCUCAAUGCCGCAGCGUACAAGCACGUCGUCAACGCCGUCGUCAAGGCGAUCGAGGCGCACUACCCGGAAAAGGCGCCCGAUGCGCUCCCCCUCCUCUUCCCGUACUGGCGCGACAUUCCCACCGCCGGCGCUCUCGGUCCCGAGUUCUCCGUCGCCGACAAGGCCGUCGCUGCUGCUGCCGCCAACCACACCGACCCGUUCUAG